AUAUUGGGCGAAAGUACCUAUAUGACUUGUGUAGUAAUUAGGUUUUCAUGUUUAAUGCCUUUUAUAUGUUUAAGUUUAUCACAGAAAUGUAGAAAACUUGCAUAUAGAUUGAGAUCUUAUGUCUUGAAAAAGAAUAGGAAUCGAGUAAAUUAACCUGCUAUUAGAAUAGAAAGAAGAGAUUUAGAAUUGAUUAUUAAAAUUUAAUAGAAUGAACAGUUGAUGAAAUUAAUUCCUAGGUUGUUUUUAUUAUUGAUUCUUAAGUAGUGAUUCAUUGUUUUGUUUCCAGUUCUUUAAUUUUGGUUUAUAGUUUAUAUGAUUUCUUUUAUUUUUAAUCGUUCACUUAAAUUUAAAUUAACCAAAUAGAAUUCGAAAAUCAAUUAGUGGUACUUGGGAGAUAGUCUUUGUGGGACGAUAUCCGUUCUUACGGAAUUUACUACUUGAUACGACUACGUAUACUUGAGUAGCUUUAAAAUUUCGCAACAAGUUUUUGGCACCAUUGCCGGGGACUUAUAUUCCAAUAUCACAGUUAUUGUUAUUUGUUCUAAUUUGGUUAUUUUAUUUUAUUUAAUUUCUGUUAACAUUUAUUUGGAUCGGGGUUCUAUUGUGUUUCAGGACUUGUUGGUAUAUGCGAAGCAAUAGACAAAAUGAGAUUAUACCAAUAGAUCGGGAAAUUGAAAGAACGUGCAGACAUAAUCGGAAAAUAAAGAGGAGAUUGGAUUUUACCAUGGCUGAAAAUUUGGGAAAUUGUGCUAAUAAUGGUCAAGGGGCUGCAGAGGUUCCAAGGGAGCAAGGACCAAGAACUUUGAGAGAUUAUGUACUUCCUACUGUUACAGGAGUGCAUUCAUGCAUUAGACCUCCAACCAUUGCUGCAAACAAUUUUGAGAUUAAGCCAGCCAUCCUUCAAAUGAUCCAAACAACUGUUCAGUUUGGAGGAAUGCCAACAGAGGAUCCCAAUUUACACAUAGCUAAUUUUCUGGAGUUAUGUGCUACGUUCAAAAUGAAUGGGGUGAGUGAUGAUGCUAUAAGACUAAGGUUAUUCCCCUUUUCACUGAGGGAGAGGGCGAAGAGUUGGCUGAUAUCUUUACAGGCGAAUUCUAUCACUACAUGGGAGGAGUUAGCUCAGAAAUUCCUUGCCAAAUUCUUUCCUCCAGCAAAGGCUGCAAAGUUAAGGGGUGAGAUUAAUAACUUUUAUCAGUUGGAUGGAGAGUCACUGUAUGAUUCUUGGGAGCGCUUUAAGGAGUUGUUAAGGAAGUGUCUACACCAUGGAAUAGAAAAGUGGAUGCUGGUGCAUAAUUUUUAUAAUGGGUUGAAUGGAACCACGAGGACAAUUAUAGAUGCCGCAGCAUGAGGUGCAUUUAUGAGUAAGAGUGCUAAUGAGGCAUAUGAGCUAUUAGAGGAGAUGGCGAUGAAUAAUUACCAAUGGCCAACUGAAAGGGGACAACCAAAGAAGAUGGUUGGAAUGAUGGAAUUGGAUGCUAUAUCCAUGCUUACAGCUCAAGUAACGACCUUGACAAAGCAACUACAAAAGACUACACUCCCAUCUUAAGCCAUGCAAGUUCAAAACCUUUGUGAAGUGUGUGGUACAAUCCAUCAACCAAACCAAUGCCCUGCUAUAGAUAUGAAUAAUAUGCCCAUGGAAGAAGUACAAGCUAUAGGAAAUUACCAAAGACAACCCAAUAAUCCCAAUUCCAUGACCUAUACCCUAGCUUGGAAGAAUCAUCCUAAUUUUUCCUGGUCUAAUAAUCAAAAUACUUUACAACCUUAUCCUCCACCUCAGCCACAAUAUCAACCUGCCCAAAAUAGGCCACCAUAUCCACAACAAUAUGCACACCAAAAUCCUCCACCUAGCUAUUAUCAACCUGCACAAAAUAGACCACCUGUUGAACCUCAAUCUGAUGUACUCAACCAAUUCAUGACUGAAACCAGGGCGUCCAUAAGGAGUUUGGAGACUCAAAUAGGGCAAUUGGCUACUUUAAUGUCGAAUAGAGCUCAAGGAAAUUUGCCUAGCACUACAGAAGUUAAUCCUAAAGAGCAGUGUAAUGCAAUAUCCUUGAGGAGUGGGACUAAGUAUGAGGGGCCUACAGUAGAAAACAAGGGCAAGAAGUUAGAGGAUCAAUAUGUCACUAGUCCAGCACAAGAGGAGGUUACUGCAGAUUUUCUAAAGAAAGAGAAGUCUAAUGAAGAAAAGGUUACUGAAGACCUUAACAAGAAAGAAGUGGUACCACCAGUGAGCAUUGACCACCAUGUUAGAAUUCCAUAUCCACAAAGGCUUUGCAAGCAUAAUUUGGAUAAGCAGUUUGCAAAGUUUUUAGAGGUGUUCAAGAAGCUACAUAUUAAUAUACUAUUCGCAGAAGCAUUAGAGCAGAUGCCUAGCUAUGUGAAGUUCAUGAAGGAAAUUUUGUCAAAGAAAAAGAAGCUAGAGGAUUAUGAGACAGUUGCAUUAACUGAAGAGUGCAGCGCAAUACUACAGAAGAAACUACCUCCAAAGCUUAAAGAUCCUGGUAAUUUUAAUAUCCCAUGUUCUAUAGGGAGUUUAGUAGAAACAAAGGCAUUAUGUGAUUUAGGGGCUAGUGUGAAUUUGAUGCCUCUAUCAAUCUUUCAGAAGCUGAAUUUGGGAGAAGCUCGGCCAACCACAAUGUCUUUGCAGAUGGCAAAUAAGACAGUUAAUCAUUCUCAUGGAGUUAUUGAGGAUGUAUUGGUAAAAGUGGGUAAAUUUAUCUUUCCUGCGGACUUUAUUAUUUUAGAUAUGGAGGAAGAUGAAAAUAUUCCAAUAAUACUUGGAAGGCCAUUCUUAGCGACUGGUAGGGCGUUAAUUGAUGUACAAAAAGGUGAAUUAAAGCUACGAGUGCAAAAAGAGGAAGUUAUAUUUAAAGUUUUUGCAGCAAUAGAAAUUCCAACGUGUUGUAGAGUUGAAGUGGUGAACCAAGGAGAGAACAAGUUGGAAGGCUCUAAGACAAGAUCCAUAGUGAAAACCAGAAUGAGGAAGGGGCAAAACCGAUUAAAAAAGUACUUUAGUGAAAGACUUCGAAUGUUAUAUGAGCGGGGGAAAGUACCAAUUUCUAAUCACAAGAAACGAGGGCCAACUCAUGACACUAUGGCUCUCAAGGAUGUGAGGGGAGGACUUGAUCCAAGAUUGAAUAUGAAUGAAAACAAGAGUCCGGAUAAAAGACGUUAAAGACAGCGCUCUUAGGAGGCAUUCCUAUGUUUAUUUUUAAUUUUUAAUUUUAUGAUAUUUGUUUUUGUUUUUGUUUUUGGAACAAUGUUUUUAGAGAUUUUGUUUUAGUUGUUUUUAGUUUUAUUCUGGAACAAUUGUGUUGUAACUCGUAACCCGUGAAAAACGUGAAAAAAUUGAAGUUUAGGUUGUUACAGGGCAUCAGCCUCCGCAGUCUCAACCUUUCGAGGGACCUUCGUCUCAGCCGCCACCACUGCCAUACUGACGUGGCUGGUAAGACAUGGACUCUUCCAACAUGUUUGAUCUUUACAACACCUCAGAGGCUGCUGUUGCCCCUCCAAGCAAGAAGAAAACUAGUAAGAGACAUACUGGGGAGAGCAGCAAAGAGCCUCAGGCGAAGAAGGCCCAGAACGCAGGCCCUUCGGAGGACAGGCCCUCUGCCACCGCGACUCCGCCUUCUCCCCGCGAACAGCAGAAUCCAUCUGCUGCGGUCGGGUCGACUCCUUCUCCCAAUGCCCCAUCUGACCAACCUCAGUGAUAUCGCCCAAUAAACUCCUAAGCGGUCGUAGUAGUAAUCGGGCUAUGUCAUAUCCACAGAGAGGUAAAAACAACUAAAUAUUUGAUUAGUAAAUAAAAGAUGAAAAUAAAGUAGAAUUGAAGAAAUGGAUUUUGUGAAAGUAAAAUGAUAGAAUAGGAAAAAUGAUUAGAUAAAGUGCAUGGCAAGGUAGAAAUGUAGUGCAGUAAAACUUAUUCUAAUAUUGAUAUUAAUUCAAAACACAGUUGCAAUUCUACACUGUUAAUUGCAACUGGAAGAUGUAUAUGUUAAAAGCACAAAUUAAAUAAUCUAGAUUAAAUUGAAUCUAACUCCUAAUUUCAUAGCAUAUCAUAUAUCCAAGAGCGACAAAAUACCACUGGCAGAAUGCAGUAAAAGACAUACAAUAUAACAAAUAUACUAAAAUAAAUUAACAAUCUAAGUUACAUAAGAAAAGCAUGACUGAACUUAUGUAAAAGAUGCUAAAUAAUUUUAGAACAGAAAUUAGAAGAUGAGAAAAAAAAUAAUUAAUAAGAUAUGGAAAUGAAGCAUAAGAAGAAUCAAUAUCAAUAUUGAGAAUGAAAAGUACAACAACUACACUCUAACCUCACCAAUAUUUCUAAAAUAAUUCACUCAUUUUUGUCACCUAAAACAAGUAAAAUUAAACUAGAAAUAUGAAAAGAAACAAACAAUAAAGUGUCUUUUUCCACUCUCCAAUCUGAUGAUUUUUUCCCUACAUUUGGUCCUCUAUUUAUAGUGAAAAUAGGACCCAAAAUGUGUAAAAUUGUGUACAAUAUAGUGGGAAAAUGGCUCAAAAAGCUGAUGAAAAUGAGAAGUGGCUCCUGGUAAAGUGGGGGACACGGUCAAAACAUGGCAGGCUGAGUGGCGAGGUGGCAGGCGGCUGGACGGCAUGUGGGGAGCAGCUGCAGGCGAGCAGGCUGGCGCGGGAUGCGUGGCAGCAUCUCAUUGGCUCUGCAGGAGGCGUGGCAGGCGCGCGUCAGGUGGCAGGCAGCUCGUCAGACGGCUUGGCUUGGCUCCGUGGCUCGGCUUAGACAUGGCUGGUGUGGCUUGGCUGGCCGAAUGGCGGGCUGCCAAGUGGCAGCAUGGGGAGCAACCAUUGCUUGGGUUUGGGCUCCAUUUUGGGCCUAGUUUUGGGCCAUUUCAUCUUCAAAAAUGCCAUUUUCUUCAAUUUUAAUUCUUUCUUUCUCCUUUCUUUUUCUUUGUGUCAAAAAUAUAUUUUAUUUCUUGAAAAUUAAACACAAAUUAAAUUAAAAUUAAUAUUUUCAAAUAUAAAAUAUAU